AUGGCAUUGCAAAUACAUCCUUCAAACCCAGAUUAUACACUGUAUGCUCAAACAAAAGCCAUGAGAAAUCCAACUGGUGAUAAGGUAUGCUAUCUUGCUUAUUGCCUUAUCUUGUAUGUUCAGCUGCUUUUGUCACCAAAGUACAUUGCGUUCGCUUCUGCUAGUUCUAACGACGAAGCAGAGGCUCUUCUCAAAUGGAAAGCCAGCAUUCAAAACCGAAUCCAGCUCCAAAAUCUAAGCUCGUGGACUUACCUUCCCAGCAACGCCACCAAUUCUUCAAGAAAUCAAAAAGCUAAUGAAAACCCAUGUAAUAUGUGGACUGGGAUUUCGUGUAAUCCUGCAGGAAGUGUCAGCAAGAUAAACCUUACCAACUCCGGUUUACAAGGUAGGCUACAAGAAUUUCCGUUUGUGUCCUUCCCUAAUCUUGUAUACCUUGAUUUCAGCAAGAAUGAGCUCUUUGAUUCCAUCCCACCUCAAAUCAGCUCCCUCUCAAAACUCAUAUAUCUUGAUCUCUCGGAUAAUAAGUUGUCGGGUAAAAUUCCACCAGAAAUCUGUUUCCUAGAAAAUCUCGAGAACCUGUACCUAAAUAAAAACAAGUUAAAUGGCCCAGUCCCUCAAGAAAUAGACCAGCUUAAGUCUCUUGUUGUUCUAAAUCUCAUGGAGAAUAGACUCAGUGGUCCUCUUCCCAUGUCGAUCGCGAAUUUGAGCAGAUUACAAGUUGUACAACUACGUGACAACCGCCUCUCAGGCUCCAUUCCCCAAGUGAUAUCAAAUCUGAUGAACUUGGCUGUUCUGAGGCUUGCCAGAAACAAUUUCACCGGUCAUUUGCCAGAGGGCCUUUGCCGGGGUGGACUGCUUGUGAAUUUCACUGCAAAUAGCAACCGUCUCACAGGUCGAAUCCCCAAGAGCUUGAGGAACUGCACAACCUUGUACAGAUUGCGCCUUGAUGGAAACCAGCUCACUGGAAACAUAUCUGAAGAUUUUGGUGUUUAUCCGAACUUGGAUUACAUCAAUCUAAGCAACAACAGAUUUUAUGGUGAACUUUCACAUAAAUGGGGUAGGUCUCAGCAGCUAAAAAAUCUUGAGAUUGCAGGGAAUAAUAUUACUGGUUUCAUACCGGCUGAGAUUGGAAACUUGACUCAACUACAUUUGCUUAAUCUUUCUUCAAAUCAUUUAGUUGGGAAGAUCCCUAUGGAACUUGGAAGGCUUACUUCUUUGGUGAAGCUUAUACUCAAUGAAAAUCAUCUUUCGGGCGGUAUACCACAAGAACUUGGAUCACUGACUGAUCUCGAGUAUCUUGACCUGUCCGCUAACAACUUGAGCCAGUCAAUUCCAAGCAGCAUAGGGAACUUUGUGAAAAUGCACCACAUGAAUUUGAGCGCCAACAAGUUGAGCUAUGAAAUUCCAACUCAGUUAGGGAGGUUAGAGCAGCUGUCCGUACUAGAUUUGAGUCAUAACUCGCUUGCUGAAGGGAUACCAACUGAAUUUAGUGAUUUAGAAAGCUUGGUGACACUAAAUCUCUCUCACAAUAACCUCUCUGGUGUUGUUCCACAUACUAUUGAGGAACUUCGUGGCUUGGAGUUUGUCGACGUAUCAUACAAUCAUUAUGGGGUCCGAUUCCAAGCAACAAAGCAUUUCAGGAGGCUCCAGUAG